AUUAGCUACUAUCUAUUAUCCCCUCCCUCCUUCCCCCCACCCCUUACUAUCGCUCACAUGUAGAUUUAUGAAGAUUAGAAUACACACAAAAAGUUAAAUUAUUUCUAUUGAGAUAAAAACUUCUUAUGCAUAAUUUAAUAAAACAUGUAUUUAUUAAGAAAAAAUUUCUAUUAUAAUUUUUUAUUUAUAUUUGCAAUAAUUUCUAUUUCUGUGUUGUUUUUUUGUGAAUAUGUCAUAUAUUACAUAGUGCUUUCACAGUGUAAUUGGCCAUCUUUAGACCCACGUAAGGCUGAUUUAUCUGUUGAUUCAUCAAAAUUUAAUGAAAAUCCUGUACGAGCUAUGUUCAUUUCUGAUACUCAUUUACUUGGUCCUAAAAGAGGUCAUUGGUUUGAUAAGUUGAGAAGAGAAUGGCAAAUGUAUAGAGCAUUUCAAACAGCUGUAACUAUUUAUAAACCAAAUAUCAUUUUUAUUUUAGGUGAUAUAUUUGAUGAAGGUGAUUGGUCUAAUGAUAAGGAAUUUGAUAAUUAUGUAUCAAGAUUUCACUCAUUGUUUUCCGUACCAGAUGAUGUUCGUCUUUACACAAUGGCUGGAAAUCACGACAUAGGAUUUCACUAUGCCAUAACACCUUAUACAAAUCAAAGAUUUGUAAAUAAAAUGAAAGCACCCAGUGUUAGAAGAAUCAGUAGUAAUGGAAAUCAUUUCAUCUUGAUCAAUAGUAUGGCAUUAGAAGGAGAUGGUUGUUUUCUAUGCAAAUCUACAGAAAUUGCGAUAAAUAAAAUUGCUGAACAAUUACAAUGUGCGAAAGGAAAACAUAAUAAUUGUACUAAAAGUAAAGAUAAAUUAUCUAUAUACAGUCGUCCUAUUCUUCUUCAGCAUUAUCCAUUGUAUCGUGUAUCUGAUGAAAUCUGUAAUGAACCUGAUGAAGCACCACGUGAAAUAAAAAGCUUACAAUUUCGUGAACGUUGGGAGUGUUUGUCAAAGGAAGCAUCUAAACAACUUUUAGAUAUUUUAAAUCCAAGACUGGUUAUUGAUGGUCACACUCACUAUGGUUGCAGAAGAAUACAUAAAGAUGAUAUCUUGGAAUUUACAAUCCCUUCUUUUAGCUGGAGAAAUAUCAAUAACCCAUCUUUCUUAUUGGGUAUAUUUACUCCAAAUAAUUUUUCUUUAUCAAAGUGUUACAUGCCGGUAGAAUCUACUGUGAUUUUAAUAUAUAGCACAAAUAUAGCAGGUAUUUUCGUAUAUUUAAUUAUAAAAUAUAUUCCCAAAAUAAUAUUAAUUAUAUUUUGUAAAAUAAAAUCACGGUAAUAAUUUGAUCUCAUAUAUGAUGUUUUACAUACGUAUAAUAUCAUUGUUUGCAAUAUUUUAAUGUCAAGAUAAUUUUAUAUA